UCAUAUCAAUAUACCAUUAGUAUUUUUAUUUAAUCAGUAUUAAAUUAAUCUCUUUUAAAUAAAAAAUUAAAAUGAUAGAUAAUGAAUGUUAAUUUGAGUGGAUACUGGAUAGGACUCUGAGACGGUAUGCUUGGCUCACUCGUGGAGCUAAGUAAUUUCUGCGGGCCUCAAAUUUUAGGGCCAAUAUGGCUUACCAGAAAAAAUAAAAAAAUAAAAAAAUAAAUGUGAGAAAGAUUGAAAGAAGCAUAGCAUAGAGGCACAACAGCGGCUACUUUUCCUACCCUUUGCUGAUAUGAUGCUGUAUUGCCACCGAACUGUGCUGAAGGUAUGGUUGACUCGUUCGACUCUGUCCAAGUUUCACAACUUCUCUUGUGGUGUUGAUGUUCGUUUGACCUCUGCACGCGGAGGCUUCAAAAAAACUUCAGACUUUGUGCAAUCGUGGUCUUUCUUCUUCUUCCAAAGCCGAUUUAGUUCAUGACAAAGGAUCUUCUUUGCCUGUCCUUCCUCCUCAAUCACUGUCAUCACCGUUGUUGUUUUUACCUCCGAAGGUUGAUGUAGAUGACAAGUUAGAUGAAUCAUUUUCUGCGAAACACCAUGAUUAUUUUCACUUCUUCAGUCCUGCAGAGCAAAAAAGAUUCAGGGUUACAAAGAAACAGUAUAUACCGGGGCAGGAUAGGGAGAUUCUUACGCCAGAUGAUGCGGUUUGUGUUGGCUCCUCUCAUGGGUGGCUUGCCUUUGUCCACCCUCGUAGUUGCAGCCCCUACCUCUUCAAUCCACUAUUACAAGAGUCUCCACAUCUCCCCUAUGUCCCUCUCCCUCCCUACGAAACCUUGGAUGAUAUACGAUGUCUCCGUGUCCAAAAAUCAAAUUACCUCUCCCCUUCUCCUUCUCUUAUCAAAGACUUUGUGUUGCUCUCACUGGAUUCAGAUUAUCAUAGAUUCAUUCAUGAGAAUAUCUGUCAGAGUUUCAUACAAAAGUUUGCUAUGUCAUCAGCCCCGUCACUACCACGUUCUUCAUUUUCCCAAAAGAGUACUGACCAUCACAACUGCACCGUCAUGAUUAUUGAUCGCGAACAUUUAUGUUUCUGUGAACUCGGGGACGAGAGGUGGCAUGCCUUGGGUGAACCAGACGGUUUUUUUUACCAAGAAAUAAUGUAUUUCAGCAAGGAUCAACGCUUUUAUGCCAUGAGUGGCGGACAACAUUUUGAAGCUUGGGAUCUCAGCGAUCCUUCUGCUCCAAAACGUGAAGUGAUCAAUCCUUCUUCUAGUCCUCUGGAACUGGGGACAGUAAGAGAAUUUAUGAGAUCUACUCCAUAUUGCGGUUACUUAUAUUAUCUUGUGGAAUCCUCGGGGGAUAUUUUGUUUGUCGUCAGGUUUUAUGGUAAUGCUGGACAUUCUGAUUGGGAUGGCCCUCAGGACAGCGACCAAGAGGAGGACCGAGUGGAUUUCGUUAAUACAGAUUACACCGGAGAUUUUAUUGAGUCAUUGAGAUUUUACGUUUAUAAGUUGAAUUUGGAUCAAAAUAAAUGGGAGUCUGUGGAAUGCCUGGGUGAUCGGGCAUUAUUUGUGGGUUUGAAUCACUCUUUUUCUCUCUCAACUUGUGACUAUCCAGAGUUAAGGGAGAAUUCCAUCUACUUCACAGACGAUCAUGAAGUAGCAGGCAACCAUACAGGUCACGAUAAUGGCAUCUUUCACUUGAAAGAUAACAGUUUCACACCUUAUUAUCCUCUCAAUUUGAAGAGCAGGAAGUUACCCCCAGUUGCAGUACCCCAACCGGUUUGGGUUGUCCCCAACAAGUUAUAUAGUUCUGCAGUAUAAACAACACCCUUUCGUGUCUGAUGUAAGUUUCUUCUCAUCCUGGCACUGCAUACUACUUUGUAUAUUUGUAUAUUUUAAUUUUAUAAACAUUUUCUUUGUAUAUAUAUAAACAGUUGCAUCUUUUAAAUUCUCUCUCUUUUUUAGUUACUUCUGUUCAUUUUUGAAAGUUACACUCUUGAAUUUGCUUACCUUUCGCUCUCUCUUCUUCAUUAAAAGUCAGGGGACUCUGUUAAGGCAGUGGAAAAGAGGGGCAAAGAAAAAGGGAGAUUUCUUUUAUGUCCUUGGAAAUUGUUGGUCUAGUUUUUCUUCGAUUAAACACAUUUUUUAGGUAUCUUCUAAUUUUGUAUCUACUUAAUGUUUAGAAGUUUUUCUUUGCUUCUCUGGUGCAGUGACAUGAUCUUAUUUAUCAUUCUAUCUUGGCUUAGUUUUGUCCUUAGUUCACAAGAUUGGAACCUCUCAAAAAAAAAAAAAGAAGCUAAAAAUUCAGCCACUUCAAACUCAAUAUAAGACUAAGGUACGAUUAGUGUAUGCAGCAUUUAUUUGAUCUCAAUAUUGCUUAUGAAAAUAUAUGAUAUAGCAUUCUCUAUGUUGGUUUAGUUACAGAUUACUGUAUGUAGGCCAUGUUAUAAAGAGGUAGACUAGAUAUAGAUCUAACUUGUACAUUAUUUUUCAACCAGUGGUUAUUAUAAACACCCUGAGAUUGCAAGUAUAAGUAAUCGAAUCAUAUGGGCAUCUGACUGGAAAUAGCUUCUCCUCCUACAAGUGCAGUACUUUCUGGAUACCGGAAGAGAGUACUUAUUAUAGGAACCUUUUUUUUAUAAAAAAAAUAAAAUUAUGUAGGGACUAUAUGAGAAGAUUAAUUCCCGAAUGAGUUAUUGCAUAUCAAUGAAUGAUGAACUUGAUUAUAGUUGCCAAAUGAAGGAAGAAAAUAAUCAACUUAGUUAUGCCUUUGGUGGUCAUGAUGAGGCACAAUUAAAGAUAUGUAGGUAGAGUUAUUCAGAAAAUUGAGUUAGCUAGUUGCAUCAGUUGUGUAGAAAGAGUAUAUUGUUUACAACUCCUGUAUUAAUUCCAAACUUGAACAUGUCGAACUAACACAGUGUGUGGUAUAAUGAUGUCCUGGCUUGCUAAUAUAUCAAAUUUUUAGGCUGAGUUGAUCUACUGUAAUUCCUACAUUCAUUCAGGGUCUUGAUAUUUGUCUAGCUACAGCAUGAACUUUUCUUAUUUUAUUUGUUUCAAUCCAAGGGCUAACAGGAAUUGUUAUUAGUUGUUUAAGUAGAACAGGGGAUUUUUUUACAUCUUUUGUAAGUUUUCCAAACACUUUGAUGUUUAUGGAGUAAUUCGAAAGUGUAGGAAAUAUGUCAAAACUAAAAAUUUCCUUUUCAUAAUUAGUCUUUUCGACAAAGUUGAUAGUUUUUCCUUUGUAAACCUUGUUUGAACUUAUACGUGUUUGGAUACUUUUGUCCUAUUUAAAUCUCUCACACAUUAGCAGGGACACAAAAAAAUCACCAACCGUUAGCAUAGUUGAAAGUUUUAUAUUUGUUCUUAAAAAAUAUCUGAUAGAAUUUUGGUUAUUUUGUGAUGCAGACGAUUUUGGAAUUUGGCUUGGAGUUGUGAUACUUUAUUAUGAAGCUUUUGGUUCUUCUUCCCUUGCAAUGCGCUUGUUUUUUUUUUAUAGGAGUGAAUAUCAUCAUCCUUUUAGUUAUGUUGCUAAUUUAGGUUAGCUGGUUUUGACUAUAACAUUGUUGAUGUCACUUGGAUCAACUUACUUUGUUUCAAGAGUUAGUAACUCGUGUUGGUAUUUUAUUUUAGCUGCACUUUGCCUUUUGGGCAUUGAGUUCUCAUCUUGUUCCUGCGCACGAGCAGUUAUAGUAUUUUCAUGUAUUUUACCACAAAUGACAUACAUGAACCAUCUUAAAUUUCUUGAAAAAAUGGAAGUGGAAAUUGUCUCUAAGGUGAAUCUAAUCCAAAGGCCCAUUUUAAAAAUAGAGAUUUUUACACAUAAAUGGCAACGAAGAAAUCAUUUCCAUCAUUGUGUGGUUGGCCUCUGUCAACAAACCCACCAUCGGAACAGUCAUCGAGCCUCACCGCCAGUGGAAUUCUUGUUUGCCGAUUCGAAGACUAGUCACUACCGGUCAGCCGUCAUUCGAUCCUUGUUCAUUGCCGCCUCACCGUGGAACUGUAGUGUUACCAAAUUUUUCUACUUAUUGGGACAUAGAUGAAGUUUCAAUAGUUAUAGAUGGGCAAUAGCGUAACUAAUCAUAAAGUGUAAUUCAUUUACAUUUUGACAAGUGGCAAGUCAUGGACCACAAGUCAAAUUUUGACCAAACCAUUUCAUUUCUCUCUUCCUCUCGGAAGAACCCAUUUCUCUCUCAAAACCUUCACUUUCUCAUUCUAUAUCUAUCUAUAUACACUUAUUGUCUUCUAAGCUUCAAGCUUGUUUUUGGAUAGAUGAAAGUGAGAUUUUGAUGAAGCCAUUGAUGAAGAAGUGAUGAGCUUGAGAAGAGCUUCUUAUUGAGACCAAUAUUGCAAGGGGUUUAGGGAAUUUCGAAAAUUGGAGGCUUAAGGGCUUGUUUGGUUUGACUAACUUCUUUGAGGACACGGAAAGGAUGUGGCGAAAGAAAAUCCCCACAGGCUUAGUGUAACGGGUGGGCGCUUGCCCAUUUACCCAAAAGUUCGAACUGUUAGGUAAGGCUGCAUACCCACCCAUUUAUACCCAAUCUCUUUCCCAUCCGAUUCCGAUGUGGGAUAAAAUGACCCCUGUUACAUUCUCCCCUACCCAAACUCGCAACGCCCUCGUUACGGUUGGGCCACCCUGCCUACCCGGGUGGACUCACCUGGACGCCUUCCGGGCCGGGCGCUUGGUGUGGCACCGGAUCAAGGACUGGGUUUGGCUCUGAUACCAACUGUAACGGGUGGACGCUUGCCCAUUUAUCCAAAAGCUCGAACUGUUAGGUAAGGCUGCAUACCCACCCAUUUAUACCCAAUCUCUUUCCCAUCCGAUUCCGAUGUGGGAUAAAAUGACCCUUGUUACACUUAGACAAGACUAAAUGGACUUUCUUGUGUUAAUUUUUCUUUUGUAUAUACAAGUUUUGUAAAACUUUAAACUUGUUUUGUAUCUCUUUCGUAAGCUUAUGUUUAGGGACUGUAGUCGGAUGCAAUGUAUCAUGCAAAUGAACUUUUAGUUUUUCGUCUAUGUGUGAGAUUAUGAAUUUUACCAUUAUAGAUGCAUGUGGUGACUAUUGUGGGAUAGAGUUAGCCUUUUAUAUAGCUUACAGAUGAGUUUGGAAAUUGAUAGGGAAAAAUAACCCUAGCCUAUCUUGACUUAACAAAAAGGGAAUUAAAUAUUGACCUGCCACCAGAUUUCUCCAACUCUCAGACGAUAAUAUCUCGUUAUUAAGGAUAACCAUUCUAUUAGAUAAGAAUGAUGACAAAUCCUAUCCUAGAUAGGAUUUGUCAUGGGAUAAGUUCAAAUCUUAUCAAGGAUAGGAUUUCCACGAGGUAGGCUCCAUGGGCUAAGGACGAUGGAACUCCCUUAUCAAGAAUAAGGGAAGUGACUAUAAAGACAAAGACGACUCGGGGAUAAGGUACACAAAAAAAAAAAAAAAAAUCCUACUAAGCAAAUUACGAUUAAAAUUCUCUAUCGAGAAUCCUUGCUGACUUGAUCGUCGGAGGGUCAACGGCCGGCACCACACCGGUGUUUGACUUUGCCAUCCUUAUUUUGCAGGAAACGGUGUCGUACUAGACCGCGGCGAAAUUCAACCUCAACAGUUGGCGCCGUCUGUGGGAACAGCGAUUCCCUUGAAUCGAUUUAUUACUCGUUGGGUAUAGACGUUUGCGGUCCGGUAUGGUUACCGAAGGAACACCGUCGCAGGGAUCUGGUCAAAGGGAAGAGUCGGGUGAAAAUCUAGACGUCCCAAAUGACCAGACACGAUUUGCAGCGUUGGAACUGCAGGUCCAAACUCUGAAUCAGGGUAUGGACCAGUUGAUCCAACAAAAUGCAGUACUCCUGCAACACCUUGUUCCACCGGUUCAACAGGGCUUGCCACGCCAAGACCUCUCGAAUCCAAACAGGGGUAAUGGGAAUCUGGAAGAGCAGGAUACUCAUCCUCCCCGACAUGAGACCGAAGUUGAACAAAGCCAGGUGGGAAACCGACAUAGAGAGGUGAUCCACCCCUUUCUUCCACGGAGUUCCCGACCCCAUGAAGACACGACUGUCAUUGAAAAAACCGAGGAAAUUUCCCACGUUGACCUAGAGAUACAGGAUCUCAAGGCAAAGAUGGAGGGUGUGAUGCAGGCCAUGAAGGGAAAAGGCAUUGCAGCCAUAUGGUUUGGUGCAGAAAACCAAUUUGCCAUUCAGCCCCUCGGUUAUGAAAUGCCCUUUGCCAAGCAAAUUUAGAAUGCCCACAAUUGAGAGUUUCGACGGAACUAAAGAUCCCCUCGACCACUUGGAGACUUUUCAGGCGCUUAUGCACCUACACGCGAUGCCGGAUGAGAUCAUGUGCAGGGCUUUCCCAACGACUCUUAAAGGAUCAGCACGGGUAUGGUUCAACAAACUAAAGCCAGGAACCAUCGAAACCUUUGAAGAAUUGAGUAAGGGCUUCGUGGGCCAUUUCAUUGCUGGCCAGAGGCAUAGAAGGCCGGCUACCUACCUCCUUACUGUGAAGCAACAGAAGGGAGAAUCACUGCGAGAUUACAUUAGUCGUUUUAACACGGAGAUGUUACAGGUGGAGGAAACGGAUGACAAGGUGGCCCUAGCCGCCUUCAUGGGAGGACUUCAAACCUCAAGAUUUCUCUUCUCUUUAUCAGAGGAACCUCCUACCAACAUGGCCGAGUUAUUGGUUCGAGCUAAAAGACAUAUGAAUGCUGAAGAUGCAAUGAUUGCGAGAAAGGGAAAAGAAGGGGAGGAUAAGAAGUCAGACAAGAAAAGGCCAGCCCUGACGAUCAGAGAUGAAAAGGAAACCAAGUAUAAGAAACCCAUGGUCAACCAGAAUGAAAGGGCAUCUCGCUACAAGAACACGGAGAGGUAUACAAAUUACACUCCUUUAAAUAUGCCGAUAGAUCAAGUUUUCCUACAGAUCCAGGAUGAACCAUAUCUGAAGUGGCCACCGAAGUUGAAGUCAGAUCCGGCAAGGAGACCUCGUGAUAAGUAUUGCAGGUUCUAUAAAGACCAUGGGCACGCUACAGAGGAUUGUUUCGACCUUAAGGAUCAAAUUGAGACUCUGGUCCGAAGGGGGCACAUGCGAAAAUUUAUUGUGGGGAAUGACAGAACCGACAUUAACUCACUAAGAGCAGGCCGAGAUAACCACCCUCCUGAUCAACAACCAAUAGGAGAGAUCAGGGUCAUAGCCGGGGGGUGUGCAGGAGGUGGAGAAUCGAGCUCAGCCCGUAAGGCCUAUGCAAGGAGAAUGCGAAGCUCAUCUGAGGUGUGCGAAGUGGGAGUACAGAUUCAACAUCGAAAGAUGCCUCGUUUAGGUGAUCCAGUUAUUACAUUCUCAGAUGAAGACAUGAAAGAUGUGCAGCAACCUCAUGACGACCCUCUUGUCGUCGCCAUGAUGAUCGCUAACUAUAAUACUCGGCGAAUCUUGGUAGAUAAUGGAAGUUCAGCUGAUAUCAUUUUCCUUGAUGCAUUUAGCAAGAUGAAGAUUGGUAAGGAGAAACUCAGACCUACCAGAUCACCAUUGGUAGGAUUCACGGGAGACAAAGUCUAUCCUCUAGGAGCAGUCAUCCUUCCUGUCACUGCAGGAACCAGCCCAAAACAAGUCACCGUCAUGGUCGAUUUCCUGGUGGUGGAUUGUCCAUCUGCUUACAAUGUCAUCCUAGGAAGAGCGACCUUAAAUUCGAUGAGGGCUAUCACUUCGACUUAUCACCUAUUAAUGCGCUUCCCUACCGAGCAUGGCGUGGGUGAACUAAGAGGAGAUCAGUCCAUUGCCAGAGAAUGCUACGUUGCCUCUCUCAAAGAAAAGAGACAGGAGGAGGCUUUGAUUGUCGAUGAAGUUGAAGAGAAUGAGCAAGACCGGGCUAAGCCAAUCGAGGACUUGGUGGAGAUAUGCUUGAAUGACACUGACAUAACAAAAAAGGUGAAGAUAGGGUCUCUGCUCCCCUCAGAUUUCACAAAUAUUCUUAUACAGUUCCUCAAACAGAAUCAAGAUGUAUUCGCUUGGUCACAUGAAGACAUGCCCGGUAUUAAUCCAACUACGAUUGAGCAUCGAUUAAACACAGAUCCUACAUUCAAACCUAUCAGGCAAAAGCGAAGAACAUUUGCCGCGGAAAGGAACAUGGCUAUAUUAGAAGAGGUGAAUAAGCUUAUGAAAGCUGAUUUCAUCCAGGAGGUUCAUUAUCCCGACUGGUUGGCCAAUGUUGUUUUGGUAAAAAAGGCCAAUGGAAAAUGGAGGUUGUGUGUAGACUUUACGGAUUUAAAUAAGGCGUGCUCCAAAGACAGUUUCCCUCUACCAAGAAUUGAUAUGUUGGUAGAAGGGACAGCUGGCCAUGAGCUGCUCAGUUUUAUGGAUGCAUACUCAGGGUAUAACCAAAUCUCAAUGCACACGCCAGACAGAGAUAAAACUUCUUUCAUCACGGACAGAGGUUUAUAUUGCUAUAAAGUGAUGCCUUUUGGGCUAAAAAAUGCUGGUGCAACAUAUCAGCGGCUAGUAAACCUGAUGUUUAAGGACCAAAUCAGAAGGAAUAUGGAAGUGUAUGUGGAUGACAUGCUUGUAAAAAGCUUGAAAGCUCAAGACCAUCUGGUUGAUCUACAGGAAACGUUCCAAGUCCUCAGGAAACACCAGAUGAAGCUCAACCCAAGUAAAUGUGCCUUCGGAGUCUCCUCUGGGAAAUUCCUCGGUUACAUGGUAAGUAGAAGAGGGAUAGAAGCUAACCCUGAGAAGGUCCAGGCGAUUCUCAACAUGCAGUCUCCAGCAUCGACCAAGGAACUUCAAAGAUUGACAGGAAGGAUCGCAGCUCUGAACAGGUUGAUUUCCAGGGCGACCGAUAGGUGUUUGCCUUUUUUCCGUGUGGUCAGGAAAGCUUUUUCAUGGACCCCUGAGUGCGAGCAAGCUUUUAUAGAGCUAAAGGAGUAUCUCACUUCACCACCAUUAUUGUCGCGGGCGAUGCAAGGAGAACAGUUGUAUUUGUACUUGGCAGUUUCUCCGUCGGCAGUAAGCUCAGCCUUGGUCCGCGAAGAGGAUGGAAACCAGAAACCGGUAUAUUAUAUUAGUCGUGCAUUCAGGGGGGCGGAAGAAAGAUACCCAAGGAUAGAAAAGUUGGCAUUUGCUCUAGUUAUCUCCGCGAGGAAACUUAGGCCUUACUUCCAAGCUCAUACAAUAAUAGUAUUGACGGACCAACCACUUAGGCAGGUUCUCCGCAAACCUGAUACUUCAGGGCGACUCAUGAAGUGGUCGGUAGAACUUGGAGAGUUCGAUAUCCAAUACAAACCCCGAACGGCCUUAAAAGCCCAGGUACUGGCAGAUGUUAUAGCGGAAUUCACACCAGAAGAUGGGCCCAAGCAUGCUGCAGAUAAGCAGGAAGAAGCCGAAUCUACUUGGACGUUAUAUGUGGAUGGGUCUGUCAACGCCCGUGCAAGUGGGGCAGGGCUAGUAAUUAUCUCCCCAAAUGGGGAAUGCAUCAAAUAUGCACUCAGGUUUGGUUUUAAAGCAACCAACAAUGAGGCAGAGUAUGAAGCCCUCCUAGCAGGCCUCAGGAUGGCGAAAGCUUUGGAAGUUGAACGACUAGUAGCAUAUACUGACUCUCAACUAAUAACUGGACAAGUCCAGGGGGAAUAUGAAGCCAAGGAUGAGAAGAUGAAGACCUAUUUACAUAAGAUAGAGGAUAUCAAGGGCUUUUUAAAGAAGUUUUCUAUUCACCGGAUUCCCCGAGAAGAGAAUGCGCAGGCAGACGCCCUGGCUCGAUUGGCAACCACAGAGGAAGAUAAAGCCAUACCCGUGGGAUAUUUGGAUGAGCCUAGCACGGUCUGGGAUUGGCCACAGAAAAUACACCAGCUGGCCUAUGGCAUGGAGUGGGCAGAACCCAUUAUCAGGUACAUUGAGAACGAAGAGCUACCCCAGGACCGCAUGGAAGCACGAAAGAUUAGGAUGCGUGCGGCAAAAUAUUCCCUCGUUGAUGGGGUUCUCUACAAGAAGGGAUUUUCUCUACCCUACUUGCGUUGUGUCUCCAUUGAUGAGGCAAAUUACAUUCUAAAGGACAUACAUGAAGGCCUUUGUGGAAAUCAUGCUGGGGGCAGAUCACUAGCGCAUAAAGCUAUCCGAUAAGGAUACUUUUGGCCUACUAUGAGGACAGAUGCACUUGAGUUUGUGAAGAAAUGUGACAAGUGUCAGAGAUUCGCCAAUGUCCCAAAACAACCAGCAGAAAAGUUAACCCCUCUUACAGGGCCGUGGCCUUUUGCCCAAUGGGGGACAGACCUCAUCGGCCCCUUACCCUAAGGGAAGGGACAAACUAAAUACGUAAUUGUAGCUAUCGAUUAUUUCACCAAAUGGGUAGAAGCUGAGCCAUUAGCUCAUAUUAGAGCGAAUGAAGUAAAAAAGUUUUUCUGGAAGACAAUAAUCUGCAGGUUCGGAGCACCAAGGGUAAUUUUGACCGAUAAUGGGAAGCAGUUUAAAAGUGAGCAGUUCCUCGAUUUUUGUAAUGAACUUGGGAUUAAAGUUCAUUUCUCCUCUCCUGCCCAUCCCCAAGCCAAUGGGCAGGUUGAAGUCACGAAUAGGACAAUAUUGAAGAUGAUCAAGACACGCCUAGAAAAGGCUAAGGGCUUGUGGCCUGAACAACUACCCGGAGUUUUAUGGGCCUAUCGCACUACCGUAAGAACCCCUACUGGGGAAACCCCUUUUGGGUUAGCUUUUGGAAGUGAAGCUGUGAUCCCGGUAGAAACAAAGGUUGCUACCUUCAGAACCAAGUAUUUUGAACCUCAACAGAACGGAGUGGAACUACGAUUAAACCUAGACCUGGUAGAAGAGAAAAGGGAGCAGGCCCAGGUCAAGGUUGCGGCUUACCAGCGGAUGAUAUCCAAGUACUACAAUGCCCGAGUCAAGCCAAGGAGGUUCGAGCCAGGAGACCUGGUGCUUCGUGAGGUUACCCCGGCUACUAAGGAAAAGGGGGAUGGAAAGUUAGCUCCCAAUUGGGAGGGCCCUUAUCGAGUAACCAAAAGCAACAGACCGGGGGCAUACUGGUUAGAGUCACUUAGUGGGAGCUAGCUUCCCCACCCGUGGAAUGCAGAACAUUUGAGGAAAUAUUACCAGUAGGUGCUCAUGCCAGGCUGUGUUUUAUUUUAUUAUCUCACUUUUAAAAGUGAUAGAAUGUUUUCAGCUACAAUAAAGCAGACCAGUGUGUAACGGAUGCUAAUAUUCAACUAUCGAUUAUUAUUUUCGAUAGGUCUUUAAUAAAAUGGUUAUUCGUAUUUAUUGCACGUGUUUCUACUGAAUUUUAUAAGUCACAUAAGGACUAGUGACACAUUAAGUCCCUUUCUUUAUUAAAAGAAAUAAGUGACUUUUCCUUACUAAAGGGACGAGCUGGGUGAAGCUCGUAAAAAUAUGUUCCUUCGAAAGAAGGACGGGCUGAGUGAAGCCUGGGAAAGUAAAAUGAGUUCUGUAUAAGGAAACAACAAGUAUGGAACAAUACCAUGAAAGACAAAAGUAGAGCAACUAUUCUCUGGAUUCAAAGAUAUUCUGAAAAGUUUUAAAGGAAUAACAUACUGAGAAAUCAAAAAACCUAAUAUAUAUAUAUAUAUAUGACUAAUACUAUGGAAUUCAAUCUUCCUCUUCGCUCUCACUUAGAACGUCAUACCUAGAAAAGUCUAUGUCUAGACGAUCUUUGCCGACAAGAGCUUUGAACCGGUCAAAACCAUCACAGCAAGCCUUGCCUAUGAGCACCUUGAAUUCAUUAGAAUUUUUAAAAUUCUCCACGGCAGCUAGCUUCUCGAAUUCCAGCUUAUCAGAGUAUUCUUUGGUAAGUUUCACUUUCUCAUCUUGAAAGUUUAAUUUUGCAUUAGUCAAGUCAUCUUCUUUUAUUUUAAGUGUAGAAGUAACAUCUUCAUAUUUAGCCUUGAGGGAAGCCAUCUCUAAGGAAAGCUUCUCGUAUUCUUUGGCGAUAACAACAGAGUAUGUAGUGCCCUAUAAAUAAAUAAAUAGUGGCGAACAGUUAAAAAUAAAUAAAUAAAUAAACGAAAAAAAAGAGAUGCGCAUAAUAAGGGUAAAAUCUCACCUGGCCGAUUAGAUGAAGAAAUUUCUUUGAAAGCUCAGACGCUGGCAGACUCUGCAAUCUGGCAGUGUCGUCUUUUACUACCAUUUUAUGUAACCUGUCAUUCGCGACAUUAGCGUCAUCGAGAAUCGAUUCCCCGUGGGAAAAGGCUUAGUUGGUUGAUACAGAACAAAAACUUUCGAAACUAGUAGGAACCCCACCAAAUCCGCUGAAACCUAGAUGUACAAGAGUAGGACCUGAUAACACUCCAGGGCUUGCGGAUGUACCAUGAUUCCCUUCUCCUACCCUUCGUAAUUUUUUGGAAGCAGGAGUAGAAGGGAGAUUACUUGACCGGACUUGGGCUAGGAGUCUUUUACUGAGCUUCUUGCCUGCAUGAAAAGUAAUAAGGGAAAUACUUAAUGACAUAUUAACUAAAAAUCAAUAAGUUCACAUAUAAGUAUGUUUGUUUUUCUUACCUUUCUCUAAGUGGGUGGAGGUUUCCUUUGAGCUAUGAGCUCGUACGUACAAAUCUAAAGCCUCGUCAGAUAUGAGAUCGCUAAAGGUCUUUAUUGGGUAAGAAGAGGCAUUACCAACAUGCUCGGCUUCUGGAAUGGAGAGGGUUGGUUUGUCCUUAAAUUCUGGGAAAAAAAAUAAUAAGUUGCACCUAAAAAAUUAUAAAAAAAAAAAAAAAACAAAAUU